AUGUCAAGUGCCUUUCCCGUCAUCAAUACUUCCUUUGCAGGACCAGACUCCACUCGGACCUGGACCACAUCCCUCUCCUCGGGACCAGUUCCUCUGGUGACGUUAACUUCGAUUCAAACAGAGACCAUAUACCCCACCUGGGUCUUUACAAUAUCUGAUCAAGGGCCUGGUUCCAGCAGCACUACGACUACGGUGUUGGUCAUUUCGUGGCCAACACUAAGCCCAAAUCCGGCAACUACGGCUCUGACAACGGCCCAGCAGUCGAUAACUGAGCAGGACACUGUAAUAUCGAGUCUCGCAUCUACAAUACCAACAGUCUCGGAGCCCCCGACUCCGACAUUGAGCCCACCAACCACGGCUCUAUCAAGUCCAAUGGAAGAACAACCCAUUUCAGCCACUUCAGAGACAAGACUCCCGCCAUGGCAUCCCGAUGCUUCCAACAGCAUGUGGAUUCUACCUUUUCCACCGACUAGCUCGAGUAUAUCUCUAUCAUCGCCACUGUCUACCUUACCAGAGACAACCGCAAGCUCCACUAGUACCUCGACCAGCUCGAGCACAGCAUCCACAAACGAGUCCUCGAUCUACCCCUCCACCGGAGUCGUCACAGAUAAAAGCACAUCAUCCAACUUAGCCAAAACCGAGUCCUCAAGUCCCACAUCCUCCAAAAUCGGAACGAUCGUUGGGAGCAUCCUCGGAGGCUCAGCCCUCACCAUCUUUACCCUUCUAGCCUGCGCUCUCUUCCUCCGUCGCAGACGACGCAAAAAGACAACAGAGCGUCUAGGCAUUCGCCAAAAACUACUACGCGGCGACUCAAUGACCUCCUCAAUCGGCUACCACCGUUACAGCCCCUCCCCCUCAAUCCCAGACAACAUCAGCUCCAAAUCCCAACGGAUCCCGGUCAUCCCCCUGCAACAGCAGCCCUCCAAUCCAGACCUCUCUCUGGACGGGAUGUAUCUACGCGGCGAGCGCACAGCGCAGGACCCAUUCGCCGACCCGUCUGUCCUUGCCAUCGCCGCUCCGUCUCGCGCGGCCUCGUUCUACUCUUCGUCUACCCGGGACUGUGAGCGCGAGAGCGCGGAUGUCCUCGCUGGACCCCGUGCGAGCAUGGGGUAUCUACAUACGUCCGUGAUGCGCGAUAGUAUGCGCAGUGAUCCGUUUGAUCUUGACCUGGAGCCUCCGCCGAGCGCGCACCACCGCCCUCCUGUUCCUCCGCUUUCGACGCCGUGGGGUGUCAGGUUCUAG